AUGAGCACUGCGUAUGAACACCUGCAAGGAGCAGAAUAUGUGAAGCAGACGGCCAACAAAGGCACACAUUGUCACCGCUUCUUUAAGAUUCCUACGCCACGAACAAUAACUCCUGCCGUUUUCUGGCCUGAUUUUGACUGCAGCCGGCGGCGUCCUUCCUUCCUUCCACAACAGAUUGUUAUCUAUCUAUCUAUCUAUCUAUCUAUCUAUCUAUCUAUCUAUCUAUCUAUCUAUCUAUCUUCAUCUGUAUUUUGUCUAUCUAUCUAUCUAUCUAUCUAUCUAUCUAUCUAUCUAUCUAUCUAUCUAUCUCAUUUUGGUUGUAUUUAUCUCUCGCUUUCUAUCUAUCUAUCUAUCUAUCUGGCCUAUUUUGAUCUAUCUAUCUAUCUAUCCUCUGGCCUGAUUUUGACAAGCUUCCGUCCUUCCUUUUGUAUCUUCUCAUUCACGAGGUUGAUUAGCUUUUACUGUUUAGCCACAACAGAUUGUUUAUCUAUCUAUCUAUCUAUCUAUCUAUCUAUCUAUCUAUCUAUCUAUCUCAUUUUGGUUGUAUUUAUCUCUCGCUUUCUAUCUAUCUAUCUAUCUAUCUUAUUUUAUUUAUCUAUCUAUCUAUCUAUCUAUCUAUCUAUCUAUCUAUCUAUCUAUCUAUCUAUCUAUCUAUCUCAUUUUGGUUGCAUUUACCUUGCGCUUUCUGUCUAUCUGUUUACCUUUUCAUAUCUAUCUAUCUAUCUAUCUAUCUAUCUAUCUAUCUAUCUAUCUAUCUAUCUAUCUAUCAUUUGA